CAUCCCCCCCCCCCCCCCCCCCCAAAAAAAUCCCUCGCCUCCUCUUCCUCCUCCCCGAGCUCGAGUCCGAGAGCCUCCGAUUCGGCAGCGAUGGCGCUGGAGUGGGUGGUGCUUGGGUACGCGGCGGGAGCGGAGGCGAUCAUGCUGCUGCUGCUGACGCUGCCGGGGCUGGACGGGCUCCGGCGGGGGAUGAUCUCCGUGGUGCGGAGCGCGCUGAAGCCGAUGAUGUCGGUGGUGCCCUUCUGCCUCUUCCUGCUGAUGGACAUCUACUGGAAGUACGAGACGCGGCCCACCUGCGACGACGAGCACCACUGCACCCCGUCCGAGCACCUCCGCCACCAGAAGUCCAUCAUGAAGUCGCAGCGCAACGCGCUCCUCAUCGCCGCCGCGCUGCUCCUCUACUGGAUCCUCUUCUCCAUCACCUCCCUCGUCGUCAGGCUCGACCAGCUCCAGCAGCGCGUCGACAAGCUCAAGAAGCGGGACGACUGAUCUGAUCCUGCUACCCCUCCCUGAUUCAGCGCGUCGACUGACCUGACCGGUGGCUUCGCUGUUUCUUCCCUACUCGUUUGUGUUCUUAGAUAUAUCAUGUGAUGCGUGUUGCUGUGUUUUUUUGUAGUAUGGAUAUGGAUGCUUGAGAUCGUGAUGCGGAUUUGAGCGUUCUAUUAUUUGCUUCAGAUCUAGUUUGAGUAAAUUCUGGUCUUUUAUGCUACGAAGGACAUGAUACAUCAAUUUCUCCAAAAAAAAAAGUUGCAAAUGUGAGACUCUAGGUUAUUUUUGGAUUAGUGGGAAUAAUAGUUUUUACCUGUUUUAUCACGAAGGUCGAUGUGGGUUGGGUUUUGGUGCAAACAUUGGUAAAUGAUGCAAUGCAAACUCUCUAUAUCUUGGAGGAAAGCUCCACUUCUGGUUUUCA